AUGCUCUACGACGCGCGGACCUCGCAAUUCUUCGGCGGCGUUUCCCUUUGGGAUCAUUCGGUGGUCAACGCGAAGCAGGAGCUGAAUGAAGCGCAGGUCCAAAACGCGGACUUCGUCCUUUCGCACUCGCUCGAAGAAGCCCGAACCAACUGUUCCCUCGACGCCGAAGGCUCGUUAAGCCUUGAUCUCAAGCUGUUCAGCGCCACCGGGUCUGCCAAGUUCCUGAACGACAGGAAGGCUACUGCUCACGAGGCUCGUCUUGACGCUUCGUGUACCGUUGUGCGUCGCACACGCCGCAUUCCGCAAGAGGUGCUGGCGUCCACGAAGUACGGAAAAUACCUCGACGAUGCUCAGUACACGCACUUCGUAGCUGAAGUCGUUGAGGGGGGAAGCGCUACACUUAGCUUUGUCCGGGCCUGUUCCUCGGCGGAAGAAGCUAGAAAGAUUACAGGGGAGCUCAAAGUAAGCGUUGUCAACGUCCCUGUCAGCGGUAGCGACAAGGUCGAGUUCUCCGCCAAGAACGAGUCGCUUUUCGAAGAUGUCAAGAUCUCAUACAGUGGCGCCAUAGCCGAGAAUGUCUCCAGCAUCGAGGAUGCCAGAAGGGUUGCUGGGGAAAUGGCCAAAACGCUGGCUAAGCAAAUGAACACGCUAUACUACAAACUUCUUCCGCUCUCGGUUCUCGACAGGAAAGCCAGCCGGACCAUCCGCAGCUUGGAUACCGGCCUCGUCAACAAGACGGCUGCGGUUCUCAAAGCCGGCUCCACCGCGGGUCUCAUGUUGCAAGAUCUUCUCGGUCAAGAUUUGUUCCAGAAAGAAUUCCCGGCAGUCGGACGGCAGCUUUCGAAUUUCCGGGCUGCCUUUGCUGGCGCCCAAAACGACUUUGAGCAGGAGGCGCGUCGCCUACUCCCUCAACUUCGAGACGGUAACACGGACGAGAACGAAAAGAUGGCAGAUCUCCGGAAAACGGCCAACUUAUUUCAGCACCAGACUGAGCUUGCUAUGCGGUUCAUCGAUAAGAAGACAACAGAGGCUAAUGUGCUUCAAAAGACGCUUGAUCCUCUGUUUGAAGAAGAAUUCGAGAACCAUCUGGGAGUGAUGAAGCUUCAAUCUCUCACGGGCGACACGUCCCCAAGGCUUUUCCUAUAA